AUGCCGGAACCGGGUCCAUCCAUAGCCAACCUCUCCCAAACCCCUUCGGCCACCGCCGGUGGAGAUGCUUCAUGGUACGAUUCCAUGCUCACCCACCUGUCCAGCCAACCUGCAUGGCCUGCAGAUAAAGAGAACGCCAUCUUGGAGCCGUACACGUAUCUCGACUCGAACCCGGGCAAAGAGGUUCGCACCAAGCUGAUCGAAGCAUUCAACGUGUGGCUCCAAGUGCCCACGCGGAAACUCGAUGCCAUCUGCAACGUCGUACGCAUGCUUCACACUGCAUCCUUGCUUAUGGACGAUGUUGAAGACAACUCGGAUCUUCGAAGAGGCAUCCCCGUCGCGCACAAGAUCUACGGCAUACCGCAAACCAUCAAUACGGCCAAUUACGUCUACUUUCUUGUGUUUAGCGAGAUCUUUCGCAUGAACGAAGACUCUACGUCUGCAAGCGCCGAAUCUCCACCACUGUCGCCACAUUCAACUUUGGCAGUCAACGGCGUACCAAGGGCAACGGUGGAACGACUCGUGGUUGACGAACUGAUCAACCUCCACCGCGGCCAAGGGAUGGAUCUUCUGUGGAGGGAUAGCCUCAUCUGUCCGACUGAAGAGGAAUAUGUCGAGAUGGUUAACAACAAGACCGGCGGGCUGUUUCGGAUCGCAGUGAAAUUGAUGCUCUCCCAAUCUCCUGCAGCGCGCAGUGUUGGUUUUCCGGAAUUGAUCCCCAUGGUCAACCUGAUUGGACUUCUCUUUCAGAUCCUGGACGACUUUAUGAACCUUCAAAGUAGCAAGUAUGCUGAAAACAAAGGAUUUGCAGAAGACUUGACCGAAGGCAAGUUCAGCUUCCCCAUCAUUCACUCAAUCAGAGCAAGUGCUGGAGCAAACAGACAGAUCCUCAACGUCCUCAAGCAACGACCUGCCGAUCUAGCCACCAAACAAUACGCCGUGUCGUACAUGCGCAACGUCACAAAUUCGUUCGAUUACACAAUCGACGUUCUCGAGCGUCUGUAUGCGCAAGCGUGCGCAGAGAUGCAGCGGCUAGAAUCUCAAUUGGACAUUCCAAAUCCGGGCCUCAAGGCCAUUCUGGAGGCACUCAGAACGAGUUGGAUCUCAGUAUGA